AUGUUAGAGGAUUUGAGAAUGGUCGACGAUGUCCUGCUAGUUCAGUGCGGCAUUGCGACAGCAGCUGCACUAUGCCAACGGCAUUCAGACAAACAACCUAACCUUGAGAAUGCGCCGGUGCCAGAGCUAUGUGGAUCACUUAGCACCGAUAAAAAACUUUCACAUGAUGUCAUCCGCAAGGCAACGGUUACGUAA